AUGUGCACUAAUAUUUGGAAAGUUUUAUUGUUUAUACUUCUUUUAGAUCAAAAAUGUUUUAUAGUCGAAUCCAGUGGCUUCAAACAAAAUAAAAGUGCACAUCAUGUGCGCAGAGCGAAUGUUGAUGAUUUCUUUAAGAAUAAGAUCCUGUCUUCCUAUCGGUCUUUUCAACCAGUUUCUGUAAAAUAUCAUAAAAGUUCAUAUCCCCGAGCUGACGACAGACCUGAUUACGAUAUUACAUCGUAUGAUUCGGAGUAUGGUGGUGUCGUUUCCAACUUUACUUCUUCCAUAUACGAUGAUAUCCCACCAUUGUAUCCUAAUCCAGAAUUUGUGGCACGGACUAAUGAAGUUAUCAGCAAAACGGAAAAUAAACCACCUGAUUCAGAAAUCGAUUUGCCAGACGACUCAUUAGCAGAUGCAGAUCUUAAAGAGCACAACAUAAUCGACAGUGUCACCUAUUUGUACGGUUUUAACAAUUGCCAUGGCGUCAGGAAUGAAUGGAUGAUACUGAAGAAAUAUAUAUAUCUUGAGUAUGUAACAGGUCAAGCUUUUAAUAUAUACAUACAUGCAGCCAACAUUUUUUCCAACUGGGGCAGAAACUUGAUAUUGUGUCCUUACUCACCACACCCACCCACGCCAUAUUUAAUUAUUUUUAACUGUUUUAUAUUAAUAUUUUGACGUCCCUCUGACACUGGCGUUGAGGAGGGGGGAAGCAACCCCUCUUAUCUCCUCCCCUAGAUCCGGCACUGUAAACACGUAAGGUUACCAGAAUAUUCAAAUUUCCGCAUUUGAUUUUGUACUCUUCACUAAAAAUAUUAAAGUUUAAAAUCCAUGCAGACAUUUGUCAGUUUUGUAUAGCCUGACGUGUUUUUUACAGAAACGAAAUAAAUUUUUAAUACCCAUGUUAUCUAUUUCUUUCGACAGAUAUUCAUAACUUGCGGAAUAGCAGUCAUCAUGCUGAUAUCGGCAGUCAUGUGGCUAAUGUGGAGCGAGUACGCAGCAGAGUUUCGUCGUAAUAGCAAACUUUAUCCGAUUAAUAUAAAUUUAUGUUGCUGCCUCAUCGCAUGUACACUUAUUUAUAUACAGGCUGUUGUGGGAGUUUCGUCACCAUCACAAUGUGAACGUAUUGCCCUUUUGCUACACUACACACACGUAUCAUGUGCCAUGUGGAUCGUGGCGCUGGCGGCGGCGGUAGCCGAAUAUUGUGCUUGUGAUACACUGCUACCUUUGAAGUAUAACUACCUGUUAGCUUAUGGAGUACCAGCUUUGGUAGUCAUGUUCAAUUACGCUUUAUCGAUGGAACAUUAUGAGAUAAAGCAUUACUGCUGGAUGUCAAUCGAAAAAGGAAUGGUAAUGGGCUUCAUGGUGCCAGCUAUGAUUUUGAUCGUCAUCAAUACAGCGAUCAUUAUUCUAGGCUUGCAAAGUGUUAAUAAAAAACAAGCUGAAAUGUUAACUGCAAAAAUACAAGAGCUGGUCGAUCAUCACAUAGCAAAUUGGCCUAAGAAUGAACCGAUUGAGACAAUGAUUGAAAAUAACAAAGGCAGUAAUGAUACAUUGGACAUUUACUCUCCUAGCAGUAGCAGGAAAAAUACCGAUAGUUCGGAUACAUUGGACAAGGAAUAUAAUUACGGUGAAGAUGACUGCCAGAAUGGCGAAGGUAAUGAGUCGACUCAUGCUAAAACGAUCCAAGACAAAGGAAUACUCAAUAUGCUUUAUAUGGAUAAUCUGUCAUGGAAAUGGAGCUGGAACACUGAAGGCAAUGAGUUAAAGACAUACUUGAACUUGUGUUUGGUACUGGAACCAUUUUUCGCAAUCAACUGGGUGAUGGGUGUAGUGGCUAUUGAGAAUGCCGCCCAUUGGUCUACGCCCACAAUAUAUUUGAUACUAGUUGUGGCUAUGUACGUCUAUCUAACUGCGACGAUAUGUACCACCUUGCCAAUAGUAAGAAACAAAAAUUUGCAGACUCCGUGCUGCGAAGAAGUAAUAACAGAACCGACUCUUACUAGGACAAGGACAACUGACAGCAUCCCGCUAUUGGAUCCAGCAAUACAACAGCCGAAUGUGACUCCAGCUCCCGCAGACACCAUAAGCACAAUCAGCAUCUAA